AUGGUGACGCACCCUCGCUUCGACGUCUUCUUUUCCCUUGUGGUGGUCACGAACUCCAUCUUCAUUGGCAUCGAUGUGCAAUUGAAUCCAGCAGCUUUGGACGCUACCCCGCCCGCUCUGGUGGCGAUACAGUACUUCUACACCUUCCUCUUUUGCAUGGAGUUGGUCCUUCGCGCACUUGCCCUCGGCAAGGAGUAUUUCUGCGGCAAGGAGUGGGUGUGGGCAGCCCUCGAUGGCUUCAUUGUUGCCACCUCCCUUUGGGAAGUCUUUGUAGAUACCUGGUAUGCUCUCGUUGAUGAUGACUCGAGCAGUCUCGAGAUAUUUGGUGGUCUCGCCGGCCUCAAAGCCUUCAGGAUUGUGCGUAUCACGCGCAUUGUGAAGACUGUGCGCCUGAUGCGCAUUUUCAGAUUCGUCCUGGCACUCCGAAUGCUGGUCCACUCCAUCCUUCAUACGCUGAAAGCUUUGUUCUGGGCCCUGGUGCUUCUUCUUCUCAUCAUCUAUGUUUUCGCACUUAUCUUCACGCAGAUUGUCAAUGGUCACAUCCGCGAUCCAGCAGUUGCGCCGCUGCCCCCUGAAGAGCUGGAGACCAGCAUGUCAUUCUACGGUUCACUGGUGGACACAAUGGUCAGCCUCUUCAUGGCCGUGACUAAUGGGGUGGGAUGGGAGAGGCUCUACCGACCUCUCGGCUCGAUCUCUCACGUCUGGAGCUUCCUGUUCUGGUUUUAUAUCAGUUUUGUUUUCUUCGCUGUCUUGAAUGUGCUGACUGCGGUAUUCUGUCAGAGCGCCAUUGAGAGCGCACAAAACGACCAUGCGACAGCCGUGCAAAACAUGGAGGCCAACAAGGAGAUGCACCUGAAGAAGCUCCGGGCACUGUUCAGCCAGCUGGGCAAUGAGGAGUCAGGUGUGAUCACCUUCGGCCAGUUCGAGUCCAAGAUUCACUCGCCGGAGGUUCGCGAAUACUUCGAGACCCUGGGUUUGGAUGUUGAGGAUGCUUGGAGUUUCUUCAAGCUGCUAGACAGGGAUGGUGGUGGCUCU